AAACGUCCAGAAUCCAAACAAACAGCAGAAAUCGAAAAAUCAUCAUCGUCACUUGUCAGCGGUGGAACUUACGGAACAGAGAAACAGUUUAAGCAAUUUUGUUCGAAUUAAGCAAAUCGUUUCGCUAGCGCUCCCCGUUUCAGUGUACACUCAUCAGUAAUGUCGGCCAGAUACGAUCGUGCCGUGACGGUUUUCUCGCCCGAUGGUCACCUGCUGCAGGUCGAGUACGCUCAGGAAGCGGUUCGCAAAGGAUCCACUGCCGUCGGCGUUCGCGGCAAGGAUGUGGUCGUGUUGGGCGUUGAGAAAAAAUCCGUCGCGAAGCUGCAAGAGGAACGAACGGUGCGCAAAAUUUGCCUGCUUGACCAUCACGUUGUGAUGGCAUUCGCGGGUCUCACUGCCGAUGCUCGCAUUCUCAUUAACCGAGCCCAGGUAGAAUGUCAGAGCCACAAGCUGAAUGUGGAGGAUCCGGUUACGCUGGAGUACAUCACCCGAUACAUCGCCGGACUGAAGCAGAAAUACACCCAAAGCAACGGACGACGUCCCUUCGGUAUAUCCUGCCUGAUCGGUGGCUUCGACUACGACGGCCAGCCCCAUCUGUACCAGACCGAACCGUCGGGAAUUUAUUACGAGUGGAAGGCGAACGCUACUGGUCGGUCGGCCAAAACCGUACGCGAAUUUCUGGAGAAGUAUUACACAAACGAGCAGGUCGAGACGGAGGAAGGUGCGAUUAAGCUGGCGAUAAAAGCACUUCUCGAGGUGGUGCAGUCUGGCCAGAAGAACCUCGAGGUUGCGGUAAUGAAGAGAAACCAACCGAUGCUGAUGCUAGACUCCGGGACCAUCGAGAAAUACGUAGCGAUCAUUGAGAAGGAAAAAGAGGAAGAGGCAGAGAAGAAAAAGCAAAAGAAGUAAUGCUUGGGAUGGGAAAGAAUGGUCUAAUUUUCAGAUUCGUGGUAUGUUUAAUUAUAUCUCUAAUUCCUUUGGAAUAAAAUGUCGCUUGUUUCGAUUGAA